ACAACGAACGCUCCUGGCCGUCCUCCGCUCGUAUACACGACCACUAGUUAGUGACCAGAGGAGUCGGGAGCCCCCUAUGGCCAAGCAAAAGGCCUCGCUUCCGGUGAUCCGCCGCCGCAUAGGCGGUGUUGGUUUGUUGCGCUGGGCGGUGCGGGUCGCCUCCAGCAUAGUGCUCUGGACGGCGCUCCUCCAGCUCUCCACCUUCUUUGGUCUUCCCCUCUCGCCGCUCCGCGCCGCCCGGCCGUCCUGCAUAGGGAACCGCAAUACCUCUGCAACCGCCUCCGCCGUAACCGCCGUCGCCUCCGACGAUGUAGGGGACCUUGCGCCCCCAGCUCUACCUACCAGGAGAUCUUACCGAAGUAACGGUUAUCUUCUUAUUUCAUGCAAUGGCGGUCUGAACCAAAUGCGAGCUGCGAUAUGUGACAUGGUAACUGUAGCACGCUAUUUGAAUCUGACCAUGGUGGUACCUGAACUUGAUAAGCAAUCCUUCUGGGCUGAUCCUAGUGAUUUUGGAGAUAUAUUUGAUGUGGAUCAUUUCAUCUAUUCUUUAAGAGAUGAGGUGAAGGUUAUCAGAGAACUCCCACAUAAGUUUAAUGGGAAAGUUCCAUUAUCAAUGCAACCAGUCAGCUGGUCUAGUGAGAAAUACUAUUUGAGACAGAUCUUGCCUCUUGUAAGAAAGCACAAGGUUAUACGUUUUAGCAGGACAGAUUCUCGCCUUGCAAACAAUGGCCUUCCUCUGAAGCUCCAAAAGCUUCGCUGCCAUGUUAACUACAAUGCAUUAAGAUUUACACCAUCCAUUGAGGCCCUAGGCAACAAGAUGAUAUCGAGUCUCAGGAAAACUGGAUCUUUUGUUGUGCUUCAUCUGAGAUAUGAGAUGGAUAUGCUCGCCUUCUCUGGCUGUACACAUGGAUGUUCUGGUCAAGAAACAGCAGAGCUCACGAGAAUGAGGUAUGCAUAUCCCUGGUGGAAAGAAAAGGAAAUAGACUCUGAGAAGAAAAGGCUCGAGGGACUCUGCCCGCUUACACCUGGGGAAACAACAUUAGUGCUCAAAGCUCUUGGUUUCCCCAGGGACACUAGGAUAUAUAUUGCCUCUGGUGAAAUCUAUGGUGGUGAAAAAAGAUUAGCUGCAUUAAAGGCAGAGUUCCCUAACAUCGUGCGUAAGGAGAUGCUUUUAUCUGAAGAUGAGCUACACCUCUUCCAAAAACACUCGACUCAAAUGGCAGCCCUGGACUAUCUUGUUUCUGUCGCGAGUGAUGUCUUUAUUCCCAGUAAUGAUGGAAACAUGGCUAAAGUUGUGGAAGGACACCGCAGGUUUAUGGGCUUCCACAGGACUAUACAGCUUGAUAGGAAGAAGCUGGUUGAGCUUAUAGAUCUUUUUGAAGACCAGGAGCUGUCAUGGAAUGAAUUCUGUGCUGCUGUCAAGGAGCUACAUGAGGGCCGAAUGAGCCAGCCCACGAGAAGAAAAGUCAUCGCAGGGCAACCUAAGGAAGAAGACUACUUCUAUGCAAAUCCUUAUGAGUGUCUUGGGCCUGCUAGAAAGAGAAGGGAAAAGCUAAAACAUACAGAGACAUAAACACUACACUUGGGUGCCCGAUUGAUCGGUACAGAAGGCUGAAGUUAAACACGGUAACAUGGUUUGACAGCUACAUCUAGAUGCCCAUCCUAGUAACCUGAUCAGCUGACUGCAGUAGUGGCAUAACAAGCUUCAGCAGCCACCUCAUGUACCUAAGACAUGCUCAUAUUUUUUCGCCGAGCCUCCACUCAUGAAGUUGUAACACUGCUGUUCAUGAGCAACCUAUAGCUUAGCAGAGUAUUCUUCUGGAUUGGAUGAUCCACAUGGGGGGUGAAGGAGCCUAUGCCACCCAGAGGCUUGAUGAGGGUUUCCCAGUUCUUCAGGAUAUCUGAUGGUGCGGCCUUACUCAGCUGUAACUGCAACAUGUGAGUGAACUGUAAUGUAGAUCUAACUUCUCUUGGGUCGCACCAGAUGCUAUGUUGUAGUGUUAGAUUGCAGCACUUGCUUUUGAUGUACAUAAACCUUGUCGAACUCCUCGAAUGGAAAAUGCACUGCAUCCUUUUUGUAAGUGCGAAUGACUGGCAUGCCGAUGCAAGGCAUUGAGCUUGUAUGACACUGGGGCAUGCAUGUUU